AAAUCCGGAGCAUGUGAUUGGCAUUAAUUUCCCUAUCCACCAAAUGCUUUAAAACGUCCUCGGAAUAGGCAAUAAGAGGACUACUUCACCCUGACCGGAGGAUCUGUGUUACCUUCCGCCUUUUUUCACGUGUGCCCGGAUCCCGUUCAGCUUUUUGGUCCCCUCCUCUGGUGGUAAAGAGCGGCUGGAGAACACACGAAACCACUUCAGCAAAAAAAAUGACCGAAACGGAAACCCGGAAUCAUCAAGCUGGCAAGCAACAAAACGGAGAUGCAAUGGCAGAGACGACAUCGACGGUGGAGGAUGUUUUUGACGACACCUAUACAGAAAAAGAAGGUCCUAAACCACCGAGGAUGCUUGUGUGGAGAAAUAUCAUAUUGAUGACCCUCCUACAUAUCGCUGCGCUCUAUGGACUGGUUCUCCUUCCGUCCGCAUCGGUUUUAACUCUUGCAUGGACUGUAGUGUGCUACCUCAUCAGUGCUCUCGGUGUGACUGCUGGUGCACACAGAUUAUGGAGCCACAGAUCCUACAAAGCUUCUCCCCCCCUGCGAGUCUUCCUCGCUCUUGCCAACUCCAUGGCCUUUCAGAAUGACAUAUAUGAGUGGGCAAGGGACCACCGUGUCCACCACAAGUACUCCGAGACGGACGCAGACCCCCACAAUGCCACGAGGGGGUUCUUCUUCGCCCACAUCGGUUGGCUGCUGGUUCGCAAGCAUCCCGACGUCAUUGAAAAGGGCAAAAAGCUGGAGCUGUCAGACCUGAGGGCGGAUAAAGUGGUGAUGUUCCAGAGACGACACUACAAGCUCUCUGUGGUGCUGCUUUGCUUCCUCGUGCCCACGUUGGUGCCCUGGUACUUCUGGGGUGAAUCCUUGGCUGUGGGAUACUUCAUUCCUGGACUCCUGAGAUACACCGUGACGCUCAAUGCCACCUGGCUGGUCAACAGCGCUGCGCACAUAUGGGGCAACCGGCCUUAUGACAAGUCCAUCAACCCAAGGGAAAACCCAUUAGUUGCUUUCAGUGCCAUAGGGGAAGGCUUCCACAACUACCACCACACAUUUCCCUUUGACUACUCCACCAGCGAGUUUGGCUGCAAGCUCAAUCUCACCACUGCGUUUAUAGACACCAUGUGCUUCCUGGGAUUGGCCACGGACCGCAAGAGGGUAUUGAAGGAAACAAUCCGUGCCCGCGUACAGCGAACGGGUGACGGCAGCUACAAAAGUGGCUGAGUCGCCCUAGCUACAAACUCUGAAAUUGAUAACCGAUGUGUCGAACCAAGACAGAACAUAGCAACAGGUAUAGCAGCAUUUCAGUGAUGGGGUGGGGGGUGGGGUGAUUACUAUGCUUCUGAUUAUAAGUUAAACCUCUUCCUGAGACUAAUAUUGGCUUUAAAGAGUAGACCUUUCCAUAAAUUGUGUGGGUCUCUUUAAGUUUUGAAGUGUCCUCACCGACUAUUAGCCACAGCCAGCAACUUGGCUACAUGUGCAAGCACAGCUUUUUCACCAUAAUAUUAAACGGGCACGAAGAGAAUGGAAAAAGGCUAAUUGGGAUUUCAAGUCUCUUUUGGCAGCAGUACAACAACCAAACAAGUCUGUGUGAGCAGUGUGUAAAAGCAGCAAUUACAGAAUAAUUUACAGUGUCUCUUAUUUGUUAAUGUGCUAUUUAUUGAUAGUCUUCGGCACUUUGAAAGCUUUAUUGAAACCCUUAACAGUGAGGUUUCUCUACAGGCAAGAGUGAGCGCCUUUCGCUCUAACUUCAAGUUUCAUUCCACAGGGAGUGAAGUUUCAUCUUGAUAUUUGUUUUUUGUCUAUUUCAAGCUAAGGUGUUUCUUUUAUUUUUGGUAAGCUAGUAGUAGUCUUACUAAACCCUAAGCUGCCGUGUUCAAUGCCAACACCAAGACAGUCCGUACACGACUGAACUGUCCCAAUUUAUCAUACCAGAAUAACCCUGGGCGAAUAUGGUUCAGAUGUGUUAUACUUUGACACCCACUGUCUCCAACUGUCCAAGUGGCUCCUAAUAGGAUUGAGUUCUCUGGUUGGACAUAAGUGUAUACCUCUGGUUGAGUAGUGACGACACCUCGGGCUUGACCAUUAACCGUUCUUAUGUAAACGCCUCUGGACUGAAACGUAGAACCAGAAUUGUCACUCUCAAUCUGAAAAGGGAGAAUUAUUUGCAUUUAUCUUGUAUUUAUUUGAAAUACACUCUUAUAUAAGGUCUCCCUCUCCCUCAGAUAAGGCCAAUGAGGCAUGUGUAGGAGGUGAAUUUACAUUUUGUGCUGUGUGAUUUAUUGAAACAUGUGUCAGGACUCUUUGCCCUAAUGCCUUAUGAGGGUUGCGCACCUGUUUGAACAAAUUAAAAAAGCAAAUUAUGAAACUAAAUUGGGGCUUUUUUUUUUUUUUUCCUGUCCAAUCAUGGCUGUGUGGUGUCUCUGUCUGAAACAGUUUUGAAGGAAUACUUCAAAAACGAUAACCCCUUAUUUAUAACGGCCAAAAUUGGGCCAUUCAUUCAACAGAUCCUAGAAGGAAAAAAAAAAUAUAUAUAAAAAAAAUCGUGGGUUACAAUGAUUAAACUUUUGUGGAACCAAACAUAUACUUUUGCUCUCAAACAAGAUCCAAACUUGUUACGAUAUCAUUAAUGAUACUGUUAUAGUAUUUGUCACACUUCGUCUUUUACAGAGCAACAAUUUUUUACAGUGUUAACUUCUUGAAGUUUGAAUGCCUUAAAAAAAUGGCACAUUUUUUCAAAGAAUGUUUUUGCCCACUGUAUGUACCGCAAAUAAACCAAAUUUUCUACUUGUGAAAAAAAGUAUGUUUUGCUGUUUUUGUUUGAAUUCUGUAAUACUCCUUUAUUCGUAUACUGAAUAAAAAAUGACCAUACUA